UUCCUGUGUGCCACCAUGACCGUGAUGGCUGGAGAGAACAUGGACGAGACUUCUGCGCUACCUGGCCACCCCCAGGAUAGCUACCAGCCCGCUGCCCACGACGACCACGAGUGCUGUGAGCGUGUGGUGAUAAACAUUGCGGGACUGCGCUUUGAGACGCAGCUGAAGACUUUAGCCCAGUUCCCCAACACGCUGCUGGGCAACCCCAAGAAGCGCAUGCGCUACUUUGACCCCUUGCGCAACGAGUACUUCUUCGACCGCAACCGGCCCAGCUUCGACGCCAUCCUCUACUACUACCAGUCCGGGGGGCGGCUGCGCCGGCCGGUCAACGUCCCCCUGGACAUGUUCUCUGAGGAGAUCAAAUUUUAUGAGCUGGGUGAGGAGGCCAUGGAGAAGUUCCGGGAAGAUGAAGGAUUCAUUAAAGAUGAGGAGAGACCCUUGCCGGAGGGGGAGUACCAACGCCAAGUGUGGCUCCUCUUUGAGUACCCAGAGAGCUCUGGGCCGGCAAGGGUUAUUGCCAUAGUCUCUGUCAUGGUGAUCCUCAUCUCCAUCGUCAUCUUCUGCCUAGAGACAUUACCUGAGCUGAAGGAGGACAAGGAGUACACAGUGCACCGCACUGACAACACCACCCAGGUCUACAAAUCCAACAUCUUCACAGAUCCCUUCUUUGUUGUGGAGACCCUAUGCAUCAUCUGGUUCUCCUUUGAGCUGGUGGUGCGCUUCUUUGCUUGCCCUAGCAAGACUGAUUUCUUCAAGAACAUAAUGAACUUCAUUGACAUUGUGGCCAUCAUCCCUUACUUCAUCACCCUGGGCACCGAGAUGGCCGAGCGGGAGGGGACUCAGAAAGGAGAGCAGGCCACCUCCUUGGCCAUCCUGAGAGUCAUCAGACUGGUAAGAGUCUUUCGAAUCUUCAAACUCUCCCGGCACUCUAAGGGCCUCCAGAUUUUGGGACAGACCCUCAAAGCGAGUAUGAGAGAGCUAGGUUUACUAAUCUUCUUCCUCUUCAUUGGGGUGAUUUUGUUCUCUAGUGCGGUAUAUUUUGCUGAGGCUGAAGAACCUGAGUCUCAUUUCACAAGUAUCCCUGAUGCUUUCUGGUGGGCGGUGGUAUCCAUGACCACUGUGGGCUAUGGUGACAUGUACCCUGUGACAAUUGGAGGCAAAAUCGUAGGCUCCUUGUGUGCCAUCGCUGGUGUGCUGACAAUUGCCCUGCCUGUACCUGUCAUCGUGUCCAACUUCAACUACUUCUACCACCGAGAAACAGAAGGGGAAGAACAGGCUCAGUUACUUCACGUUAGCUCCCCUAAUUUAGCAUCUGACAGUGAUCUCAGUCGCCGCAGCUCCUCCACAAUCAGCAAAUCUGAGUACAUGGAAAUCGAAGAGGAUAUGAAUAAUAGCAUAGACAAUUUUAGAGAGGCUAAUCUCAGAACUGGCAACUGCACUGUAGCCAACCAAAACUGCGUUAAUAAAAGCAAGCUGCUGACUGAUGUGUAAACAAAAACAAAACAAAAUCCCCACUCACAGCUUGAAGACUUUAGUGACACAGUCACACUUUGUAGAUGCUUUACUGAUAGUCUUUGAAUGCUUUAUU